UGCGGACUGCCCCGUGCCCCUGGAGAGCUGUUGAAAUCGGCUCGGAGAUGUGUGUGGACAAGGUCACCUGGCAGCAUGUCACCCGGAGCGCCGCCGAAGAUCGUCCAGCUAAACGAAUCCAAUGUGUGAUCUCCUGAUACCCUACAUUUAUGACUAUAAUUAAUUGUUCACUUUGAUGUUCGGCGAAUUGAUUAAUUGCCCGUGGACGAAGCGAUAAGUUCGAACAAAUUUAUUUAUACCUCAGAACCGCACGCGUAGCAAACAUCUUAGGAAAUUUGUGUUAAUUGUUCAGAAUGAUUUUGGUCGACAGGGAAGUUAGCAAAAAUCUGUGUGCACUGGUUUCUUAGAUAUAGUUCUCACCGCCCAUCCGUAGGCCUCCAGGAAAUAGACGUCAGAAAAUGAUAUAUUUUUCACAACUCAGGUGGAUUUUCCUUCUUGUUGUGAUUUUUCUGCAUGUUGAGCCUCUGCCGAUUCCGCAAAACUAUUUCCGAACUGAGACCAAUAUCCAGAAUGUUGCCAUCGCUGAAGAGCAAACUCUGAUCGAGGAAACGAGACCUGGAGACAUUGUUUUCAGCCUGCCCGGUGGAGGUCAAAUACGGGUGAUAUACCACGUGGAUAGGUACGGAUUCUAUACGGAAACCCUGUGAUGAAAUUUGAAAUGCCUUCUUGAGAGUGUUACUGAGAUGCAGUCCCAACUGCACCUAUAAAUGGAAACCAGUUGUAUCGUACUUCAACGAGUCCAAUUUGUAUUUUAGAUUUGAAAAAUAAAUGGAACCAUACGCGAGUCUUGGUUCAAAAGUU